AGCAGGUGGUGCGGGUAAAUCAGGGAUAGUAUUUGAGCUUUUAUCAAUUCUUUUUGAUGAGUGGUAUACAUGUAUUGAUUGGAAUGAUAUUGUUAAAUAUCUUAAUGAUACUCCAGAGGAUGUCGAGCAAAAACACAAAGGAUUUAUUCCGUUUCUAGCUAAAUAUAUAUUUAUAACAUCUCAUAAGCCUCCAGAGGAAGCUUUUAAUUUUCGCCGUAACCAUGUUAAUGACAAAUCAUUUACUCAACGAGAUUGGGAUCAGUUUUAUCGUCGUCUUGAUUUUGGUUCAGAGGAAGAUUUUUGCAACAUGAAUUGGGAUGUUAAAUAUCGUAAGGGUGAAUUUACUGUUGAUGAGCUAAAAACUAUAGUUCAAGGUUUAAAUCAAGAGCAAGAGGAUCAUAAUGAUGUAAAUAUAUCAAAUUCUCGUAUGAUGCUUGACAAUAAUUAUUUUGUUCAAAAACCUGUAGAGGUUAUAGAAAUGACCAAUGAAUAUGCUAGUGUUCAG